ACUGUGUUUAGUCGCACUUUCACGCAGGACGUUCCUGUGUCAGGGGCGAGGACCGUUAUCCUCCUUCUUCUUCCUCAUUGGCUUCAGCGGAAACUCAAAUGACUGCUGCAGCAAUUAAGGAACCACGCCUGCGGCGCUCUAAUUUCUCUGAAUUGUAGUACUUAUAGAGCCACUGUCUGCUGCUGACAAACUUGUCUCAAGUGGCUGGGGGUUUGUUCGUCCAGAAAAACGCUGUAAUCUAUCCCCCAGCGUACUCAAUUUGCGCUAAUAUCGCGAGAUCACCCCGCUGAGACCCUCCAGAGCUGGUUGUGACCACCGCUGGGAUCUGGUCAUUCACUCAGGCCGGUCACACACGGUGACAGUCAUGGAGUAUCUCCGAUUUUGUUUGUUGGUAUCCUGCUGGAUGAAGCUCGGAAGUUCCAUCCUGUCUGCUAACGCUCCCCAAACUCCUGCGGUCAUUCCUAAAGACAAGCUGCUGGUCUUAACGGUUGCAACAGAGGAAACCGAUGGAUUCCACCGCUUCAUGCAGACUGCUCACUAUUUUAACUACAGUGUAAAGGUGUUGGGAAUGGGAGAAACAUGGAAAGGGGGCGAUGUCGGUCGCUCCAUUGGCGGAGGGCAAAAAGUCAGACUACUGAAGAGCACCAUGGAAAUAUUGGCUGACCAAGAAGAUCUUGUCAUCUUGUUUGUGGAUAGCUACGAUCUUAUCUUUGCUGGGGGACCAGAGGAGAUUCUCAGGAAGUUCCUGCAAGCCAAUCACAAGGUGGUGUUUGCUGCAGACGGGCUGAUAUGGCCAGAUAAACGACUAACUGACAAGUAUCCCUCAGUCCGCAGUGGCAAACGCUUUCUCAAUUCUGGAGGUAUAAUUGGCUACGCCCCAUACAUUAACAGAAUCGUUUCACAGUGGAACCUCCAUGACAAUGAUGAUGACCAGCUUUUCUACACCAAGAUUUACUUGGACCCAUCACAGCGAGAAACUCUCAAUAUGAGUUUGGACCACAAGUGCCAGAUUUUCCAGAACCUGAACGGAGCUGUUGAUGAGGUGCUGCUUAAGUUUGGAACAGACCGCGUAAGAGUUCGAAACACGAUGUACGACUCUUUGCCAGUUGUUGUCCAUGGUAACGGAAACACCAAAAUAUACUUGAACUACUUGGGUAACUAUGUGCCCAACGCAUGGAACUAUGAACAUGGCUGUGGCCAUUGCGAUGAUGAUUUUCUGGACCUGUCUCAGUUACAAGAGUAUCCGAAUGUGUUGGUGGGAGUUUUCAUUGAGCAGCCAACUCCAUUUCUGCCUGAAUUCUUCCAGCGACUGCUCGCCCUGGAUUAUCCCAAAGAUAAACUGAAACUUUUUGUUCAUAACAACGAGGUUUACCACGAGAAGCACAUCCAGAGGUUCUGGGAAGAGAACAGGAACGUGUUCAACAGUUUUAAGGUUGUGGGACCAGAGGAAAACCUGAGUCAAGGAGAGGCAAGAAACAUGGGAAUGGAUCUUUGUCGUAAGGAUGCCUCAUGCGACUACUACUUCAGCAUAGAUUCGGACGUCAUGCUCACCAACCGACAAACAGUGAAGCUCCUCAUUGAGCAAAACAGAAAAAUAAUUGGUCCCCUCGUCACCCGUCACAGCAAGCUGUGGUCCAACUUCUGGGGAGCCUUGAGUCUGGACGGUUAUUAUGCACGCUCUGAGGAUUAUGUUGACAUUGUGCAAAGAAAACGAGUGGGUGUGUGGAACAUUCCUUUCAUGGCACAUGUAUACCUCAUCAAGGGCAGCGUCUUAAGGAAUGAGCUGAAAGAAAGGAACUACUUUGUUCUGGAGAAACUCGACCCAGACAUGGCUCUGUGUAGGAAUGCCAGGGAAAUGACCAGUCACAGAGAAAAAGACUCCCCUUCUCCGGAAUCAUUCCAUAUGCUCAGGCCCCCAAAGGGAGUUUUCAUGUAUUUAACUAACCGUCACGACUUUGGGAGGCUCAUUUCCACAGCCAGUUAUAACAUAUCUCAUUACAACAACGACUUAUGGCAGAUUUUUGAAAAUCCUGUGGACUGGAAGGAGAAAUAUAUCCACCAAAACUACACCCAGAUUUUCACCGAGAACUACUUGGAAGAGCCCUGUCCAGAUGUGUUCUGGUUCCCGGUAUUCUCAGAGAAGGCCUGUGAUGAAAUAGUUGAGGAGAUGGAGCAUUAUGGUUCAUGGUCGGGAGGCAAACACGAGGACACCCGGAUCGCUGGGGGAUACGAGACGGUGCCGACAGAUGACAUUCACAUGAAGCAAAUUGGAUUUGAUAAAGAGUGGUUACACUUCAUCCGAGAGUUCAUAUCCCCUGUCACUUUAAAGGUUUUCUCAGGCUAUUACACAAAGGCUUAUGCGGUAAUGAACUUUGUUGUAAAAUACACACCUGGUAGACAAGCCUACCUGAGGCCCCAUCAUGACUCCUCCACCUUCACCAUUAACAUCGCACUCAAUAACAAAAAUGCUGAUUUUCUGGGCGGAGGUUGCCGUUUCCACCGAUAUAACUGCUCCAUAGAAUCACCGAGAAAAGGCUGGAGCUUCAUGCACCCAGGACGCCUGACUCACCUCCACGAAGGCUUACCCACGACUAAUGGCACCCGCUACAUCGCAGUGUCCUUCAUUGACCCUUGAGCUUUCGCUUUAUAGUUAUCUGUAAAUUAUUUUAUGUCUUUACUUUUUUCCUUAGUGUUUCAUUUUAAUUUUAAUCACAGAAUGAUUCCCUGAUUUAUUUUUCAAAGUGAUUGCUUUGAAAGAAUGAAUAUUUGCAAAAGAUGAAUCUCUGUCAAACAGAGUGAAGAAGGGGAGAGAGGGACGUGACAGAAGCAAUCAACGCUUACAAAUGAGAAACACAGAUUUGUGAAAAGCAAACAAAGCAGUUAGCAGGGGGCAAAUUGGUGCCCCUUUUAGAAUUUAAGGUAUUCAUUUCAUAAACAAGCAGCUUUCCAGGAUUAGGUAGGUUGUAAUUUCAUUUAUUUAUUUAUGGAGCAUCUUUAUAACACCAGUCAAAGUGGCCCAAAGUGCUGCACACUAAAAAAAAACAGAUUAAAAUAUAAAAGAAGUAAAACUGGAUGAGAUUUCCCAUAACCCUAACCCAACUAAAAACAAGAUUAAUGCCAAAAAUAAAAACAAAACAUAUAAAAGCAAAGAAGCAGAGAAACAGGCGAUAUCUGGAUCAUUUUUUUAUCCAGUGGCACCAUGUAGUUGCUGACAAAUGUAUCACACUAAGCCAUGGUUUUCACUUCCAUUUUUUACAGCCAAAAGCAAUACCUCUUGUUCAUGAACUCACUCCCCUAGCCGACAAAACACAGCUAAAACACAUUUUUUUUUACAAUUAUUAUGCUCAUGUUAUGUUGUGUUUUUGUAUAUUUAUAUUUUAAAGACUUACUUGCCCAUGAGAAAGGUCGCCAACUCUGCAUCAGCUGAGGUACGUCCUCAAGAAUGCUCUGUGUUUAACAUUUGCAUGUAAGCAGUAGUCUAACGCUAUUGGUAAGUGUUGACUGGCGCUUCAGGUCAUAUUGCAUGGAGCUCUAUGGGACGGGGGGGUGGUCUUAGCACAAAAAAAGAAAAGACUUAUUGUCUACAUAUAGUACAUGAUAAGACAAGCUCUUUUACAUAAUUAUAAAAAGCAUACAUCAUUCCUUAAAGGUGAAAACUCUGGGAGCUUAAAUGCAAAACAGAUUGGAAACUGCAGUGAAGUCGAUUGUCUAAUGUCUGGUGGAAGUCUGUUCCAGAGUCUCAGUUAAAACUUGGAGAAUGCACAGUCCCCCCAAGACUUACGUCUCUGAAUCAGUGACCAUUCUUAAUGUAUACUUGCUGGUAGAUCUACAAACGAAUAGCUGUAUCAAGUGCAAAUGUUUUUUUAUUGUGCAUUUCAGGUAAAAUGUCACUAAAUGCAGUUUGUGCAUGUUGUGUGCCUGGCAGCAUUUGUGUGUUUGAUUCUCCCCUCCCUCAGCUGUGUGUACACAAGCUCUGACUUGAUAAUGAACUUUUCCAUUUUGUUGUAGUUUUUGUGUUCAGGGACUGCUCCAGCUUUGGGGGCUCAUCCGGGAUCCUUUACUCCGAGUCAGUCACACACACACAGAUUCUUCCAGAAAUUUAAUUGUUCAAAAUAUUACUACUGGUGCUAAUCAACAUUGUGUGUCUUUAUUUCCAAAAUAUAUGUAUUUAUUUGCUGGAGUGUGUGUGUGUUCAUGUGGAUUUCUACACUGAACCAACCAAUUAGAGAUUUGUAUUCACUUAGAUUCUGGCCCUGUAAAAACGAGAUAUAUUUUUGUAAAUUUGUACACAUAAAACAGAGGAAAGCAAUAGAAUUUCUGUUAGAGUCAAGUUUUGCCUUACUUGAAAAGUUUCCUUUUGUUUUAGCUACUAAAGGAAAUUUGCCUUACUGAAUACUGUUUCAUUUCCUUCUCCUGGUGGAUGUGAGUGACUAGAUUUUGAAAAACCUAAAAAAAAUGUUUUAACUUGUUUAACUUAUUGCUGAGAUUUAAUAAAAAUCAUGGUUGAAAAAAAA